AAUGUGUGCCGUGUCCUCUCCCGGGCUUUUACGACUCCCUGCUUGUAUCCAUGGUUGCGAAUAUGGCGUCAUCGAAGCGUCCAUCCUAGAUCCUGCAGCAGCUUUGAAAAUGUUAUGUCUUUCUUUGCUGUUUUUGUGCAGCACAGAGUUUUAUUUUGUGCUUCUGAUCGGAGAAGUGUCUGGAGCAGUUUUCUAUCUUCCCGUAUAGGAUUGUGUUGAGGCAGAAUUCUCUGGUAUGUUAAUAUUCAGUCUGUCGUUGUCUGAGGCGCUCCUGUAGUUUUCAUUCAUUCUGCCAAUGAAGUACGUGAGCUGUCUUUCCCUGUGAACUCAGUAACUUGACUACAGUCAUCUGCUAGUAAUACACUGUAACAGUCAUUCAAGUGAUGGUGUACGUUGUGUCGCGGCUUGCCAGCAAUCUUGUGAGGCAGUGGACGGGCAAAGCACAUCCAUUUCUCUCAAUACCAUUACGUGGGUCGUCACUUGGCACCGUCUCUCCUACCAGUGCUCCCUUUGCUCAAUUUCAUUCGAGUAGUGCGUCAACGUCUACUUCGUGCACUGGUGCUUCUCCGAGAAUGGAGGGGGCUUCGCAAUUACGUGCUAGUCCUGGCAGCGAAGAGGAGCACAUUCGCCUGCUGGAAAGUUUGCGCGCAGCCGUCAAAGCCACGUGCUGGCAGCUACUGGGCACUGAGUCAGAGCUGACAGCAUCCAAGUGUACCAAGUUCUACUCAAAGCAGAGUGGACAGGAUGACAUGGCUCUGUUCUAUCAUGACGGGAAAUUCUACUCUAUGGAUGCCACGUGUCCACACGAAGGUGGACCACUGGAGCUGGGUGACAUUGAGGAUUUCAACGGAGAGUCCUGCGUCAUGUGCCCCUGGCAUGAGUUUGAUUUCUCGCUGGCAACUGGCCGAUCAUCCAUGGGCUUACAGCAAGACACGUAUGAAGUUGUGGUCGUGGACAGUGAGGUCUACGUGAAAAGUGACACGCCGUAUGCACGUGAGAAGCCGUCUGCCCGUACUGCAGAUAGCAGAGGCCCAUCUUCGUCUGCUGCCGAGGCUACUGCCAGUGUCGAUACCACACCCUCUGCUGACACAAACACCCUGUCUCACCGUGCCGUACAAGUCCUCAACACCGUGGACUUGGCCGAGAAAGUGCGUCUCUCCCGCUCACUGUACAGUGACUGGCAAAGCGGUGGUGUCACACAAGUGGGCCGGUGUCAGCCGCCGGACCAGCCGCCGCGUCGCGAUGACAUCGUAGUCUUGCCCAGCAGUAAACUCCGCUACAAGAAGUCAAAAUCCAAACAAGGAGUUAUCAACCUGCUGCACGCCCUGUGCAACAUUGAACUGUGGGCGGUGGACCUGAGUUGGGAUAUUGUGGCACGCUUCUCAGACUUCACAGUUGGCGACGACAAGACGCCACUGCCUACGGAGUUCUUUGCGGAAUGGGCAAAGGUUGCUGAUGACGAAUCCAAGCAUUUUGACCUGCUGAACUCACGGCUGGUGGCACUCGGAUCUCACUUUGGAGCUAACCCUGUGCACAAUGGUCUUUGGGAUCAUGCACACGACACGGCCGAGGAUCUGCUGGGACGGCUGGCCGUCGUGCACAUGGUACAUGAAGGACGUGGUCUGGAUGUUCAGCCAGUGACACGCGAUUGGCUGGCAGAAAUGGACCCGGACAGCUUGCCCAUGAUGGUCACGAUCAUCGAGGAGGAGAUCACUCACGUCGGUGCCGGUAUCAAGUGGUUCCGCUGGAUCUGUGAGCACUCCACGCCGCCACUGGACGGUGUCAGUACAUUCCAGGCGCUGGUUCGAAAAUACUUCUUCCCUGGCUACUUAAAGCCACCAUUCAACAAGGAAGCACGUGAAUUAGCAGGCUUCACAGAGGAGUGGUACCUGCCGCUUGUGAAGCCAAAGGCUAUCAAGAAGUAAUCGGACACUUGGCACGACAACUUCUUACUAUCGAGCCCAUGAGUGGACUCCGGUCAGGACCGGUACCAAUCCACUACAUUACCUGUGACAUCAGGUGUGUACACCAUGGUUGGAUUGCAUUGCACUGCAGACCAUGCCUGUGUGUGUCUACUGCUUACUAGUAUGCUGCAGUUCCCUACUGGCUGUAAGCAGGUCUGCACACAGUAAUACAUGGCUGUGGUGCUUAUCAGGAGUCUAUGACUUGGUGUAUACAUGUACGCACAGAGACGGCUUCAAGGCAUGUCCACGUGAACCCAGACUGGCCAUGCACAAUGUCCUGCUCAUUUCCUGCACUUACACAAGUUGCAGUGGCAGCAUGGACUGGCUAGCCAUAGCUCGUUCACUGCUUGAGCUGUGCCUGACGCUAGUGGCAAUACCAUCUGUGACUUGGCCGAGACUAGACAGUGCCAAUCUCCAGUCCAAUGCUGGCUGACGAGCAGCAACAGCAGCAUUAGUAGAUACGAUGGCCAAGCUGUGAGGAGGACAUCCCAUUCAUUUGGUGAGCUUGACCUGCCAGUGAUGCUGCUCUGUGCAUGACUAUCAGCUUCGGGUCUAGUUUAUCUCUGAAGUAGUAGAGGACUCCCAUCCUAGCUGCGGUGGUCAUCUCAGAGAAUGAGCCAUGCUUGAGCCACACCAAUAGGUAUUCUAGUAAGGUAGUGCUCAUCUUGUUCUUGCCGUCACUGAGUUAAGCAAGGCCUGCUCACCGAGUGAGGUCUGCAAUUGCUUACACACUGACCGCAUUCCUGGCCAUUGCUCAGCCACCCCCCGUACCAUCUCGCCCAGUACAGUACCCAACCAGCAGCAUGCCCUCGACGAUGCAUGCUUGUGUUCUGGUAGGUGGAGAGUGCUGGGACAUGUUUACUUUAUCGUGUAUUGUUGCCCUGCCAUUGUGAGCAGGUACUCAUGCUGGCAUGCCAUGCUAUGUCAAAUUCAGAUAUAGAACGUGACUUUUCCCACACCCUAGUCCUCAACUCAUCCUUGACCACCGAUUACUAGUAUCUUUAUGCUAUUUUAGUUGCACAGUUUCUAUUAGUGUGGCGGCGUGUAGCUCUCUAUUCCUGGAUAGCUGUGAUGAUGAUUUGCGUUCGCAGACUGCACUGUAAAUCGAGUUGUGAUUUGAUUUGUACGACCGCUGCUCGCGUUGUCCCAGUCUGUGGCAUGCCGGUGUCGGAGUGUGCCAGGCCGACUCUGCAGCACAAGCUAACACACACACACACACACACACACAGCACACAGCACACGGCAAGCUUGUCUACAUGUAAUAGUUUCUGCUGAGCACUACCAGUCGCUUGCAGUAUUCCUGCUGACAAGUAAGCUAUUUUGUCAAUCUACUUGACAAGAUUGAUGCGCCGAAUGUCAAUCCUACUGCUUCAGUACUACCAUAUACAAGUAACACUAUUACUGCGUUUUCUCUAGUUUUUUUUUAUGCUUCUGUGUGCACAUUCCCCUGGAUAUAUCUGGCAGUUUCACACCGGAAUAAUAUUCGUAUGCGUUUCGAGCUUCAUGUGCCAGUGAUGAGGAAACAUUCCAGUUUGUUUGCUUCUCCUGUAA